AUGGCAGCGCCAGAACAUGCCGCCGUAAUUCCUUUGGAGCCAGCUUUCACACCUUUUAUUGUGUUGUCCAAUAACGCCAGGGUCGAUGCAGCCACGAGGAAGUUCAUUCGCAGCUAUGCUAUGCGAGGACGAAAGCAAAGCCGGGUUCGGCCUAGAAGAAACAUUCUAGGACACGGCUACGAUAUGGCUGCUGGUAGCAUGCAGAAGACGUCGGUCAGCUUUGAGGACGUCAUGCGCGUAUACGUGCCGCCGAUGAGGCGUAUUGGCGCGGACCUCUCGUUCUUGGCGUCUCCAGGAGACCUAGACCUAUCCAUCCUGUCAGAUAUUAUCAAAGUUUCACCUAUAGCGCAGAAGAUUGUGUAUCCGCUCAUGACGGCGGCAGGUAACCAAGUGGACAAUCAUGGAUGGCUUCAUCUAUGUAUGACAGACGCUGCUGCCCUUCAUAUUACUGCAUUUUCCAUUGAAUGCUUCAUCGACGUGUGUCUUCACCAACGAGAGCAGGCUAACCCCGCGGCCAUGGUCCACUUCCAAAAAGGUCUCAGCCUGCUUAAUGAGAGACUCGCGGGCGGCGACGAGGAGCUGAAGACCACCGAUGCAAGUAUUGGCGUGGUCCUAAAGCUAGCAGCCUCUGCACACUUUGCUGGUGAUCGUCAAGCAGAGAGGCAGCACAUGAUUGGAGUCCGGAAGAUGGUGGAUCUCAGAGGCGGACUAGAUGCAUUCAGAAAUAAUCCUCUCUUGUUUGAAAUGCUAAGGUGCGACCUUGGUCUUGCGGUGUUCGGUACCUCGAAACCUGUCUUCUUCCGCCAACCUCUUGAACCAAUACCCGCCUACCCGGUCUGUCUUUUGCCGGAGUUUAAUGGCACAGCGCAAACUAGAGACACUCUGGAGGUAACCGAAGUGAUAGACGCAGGCCUAGUUGGAGCUUGGUCAAUCAUGAGGAGAUUCGGCUUGCUAGUCAAUCUGGGUUCACAAACCGAACGGCUCGUUUCAGCAAAGGUAAUCAACGAGACGAUGACUUCGGUAAUGUAUCGCCUGCUCUGCAUGCGCUAUUCUCCGGGCUCGUUCAAUGAGGGUGUGCGGCUUAUUCUGUUGGCUUAUUGUUACCAUGGCUUUCUUCAGUGGCGCGACAUCAAGUUGCCGUGUCGCCAUUUGCAGAACGCCUUGAGAGAAAGCACCUUGGCGUUGCAGGAGGAUGGUGUUGCAUCUGCUCGUUUCAUGCUGUGGAUGCUGAUGGUAGGAGCCGUCUCGAUCUUUGAUGUGCAGAAAGAAGAAUGGUUGGGUGCUACGCUGCGUUACCACGCCCGCAGCCAACGGAGAUCAUGGACAGAGGUGCAAGACAUAUUGAAGUCAUUUCUGUGGAUUCCAUUGCUGGAUGGAGAGCCAGCAAGGUCGAUCUGGGACAGUCUUAAUUAA